CGCCCGGGCGGAGCGCGUCCCUCAGCCGGCUUGUCCCCGUCGCGGCCCCGSCGCUCUCUGCAGCCCGCCCGCCCGGUGCGGAGCUCACCAUGGCGGCCACUGACCUGGAACGCUUCUCGCAGAAUGCGGAUCCAGAGCCCCGGAGCCUUUCCCUGGGUGGCCAUGUGGGCUUCGACAGCCUCCCUGACCAGCUGGUCAGCAAGUCUGUCACUCAGGGCUUCAGUUUCAACAUCCUCUGUGUGGGAGAGACGGGGAUUGGCAAGUCUACACUGAUGAACACCCUUUUCAACACAACCUUCGAGACUGAAGAAGCCAGUCACCAUGAGGAAUGUGUGCGCCUGCGGCCCCAGACCUAUGACCUCCAAGAAAGCAACGUGCAGCUCAAGCUGACCAUCGUGGAUGCUGUGGGCUUCGGGGAUCAGAUCAAUAAAGACGAGAGUUACAGGCCUAUAGUCGACUACAUUGAUGCGCAGUUUGAAAACUAUUUACAAGAGGAGCUGAAGAUCCGCCGCUCCCUCUUUGACUACCAUGACACGAGGAUUCACGUUUGCCUCUACUUCAUCACACCCACUGGGCAUUCUCUGAAGUCCUUGGAUCUGGUCACCAUGAAGAAACUAGACAGCAAGGUGAAUAUAAUUCCCAUCAUCGCCAAGGCUGACACUAUCUCCAAGAGUGAGCUCCACAAGUUCAAGAUCAAGAUCAUGGGUGAGCUGGUCAGCAAUGGAGUCCAGAUCUACCAAUUUCCCACUGAUGAUGAGGCUGUUGCAGAGAUUAAUGCAGUCAUGAAUGCUCACCUGCCCUUUGCCGUGGUGGGCAGCACCGAGGAGGUGAAGGUGGGGAACAAGCUGGUCCGAGCACGGCAGUACCCUUGGGGUGUGGUGCAGGUGGAGAACGAGAAUCACUGUGACUUCGUGAAGCUAAGGGAGAUGUUGAUCCGGGUGAAUAUGGAGGACCUCCGUGAGCAGACCCACAGUCGGCACUAUGAGCUCUACCGGCGCUGCAAGUUGGAGGAAAUGGGCUUCCAGGACAGUGAUGGUGACAGCCAGCCCUUCAGCCUACAAGAAACAUAUGAGGCCAAGAGGAAGGAGUUCUUAAGUGAGCUGCAGAGAAAGGAGGAAGAAAUGAGGCAGAUGUUUGUGAACAAAGUGAAGGAGACCGAGCUGGAGUUGAAGGAGAAGGAAAGGGAGCUCCAGGAGAAGUUUGAGCACCUGAAGCGGAUCCACCAGGAGGAGAAGCGCAAGGUGGAGGAAAAGCGCCGGGAACUGGAGGAGGAGACUAGUGCCUUCAACUGCAGGAAGGCUGCCAUGGAGGCUCUGCAGUCCCAGGCCUUGCAUGCCACCUCACAGCAGCCCCUGAGGAAGGACAAGGACAAGAAGAAAGCCAGUGGCUGGUCUUCCAUUUACAGUGUCACUAUUCCUUGAUGGAGCAGUUAUGUGCCGCUUUAGUGAAGGCCCCUGCCGGCGAUGCUAGGCCUAACUGUUCAGCGUCAAGAUGGCAGCUCACGUGGUGCCUAGGUGUGGCCUGUGGUCUGGUAUACAUGCUGCAAAAUUUGCCCGAUUCCCUUUCAGUUUAAUUUUUCUAACCUAGAGUUUAAUUUCAAUAAUAACUUUGAAACACUUCUAAAUUUUUAUUUUGGCACCAGCGUAAAGACAAAUAAUAUCCUCUCCCGUUAUUUUCAUAAGUAACACAGACUUCCUGGUUUUUUAAAAACUAAAAAUAUCUCUAAACCUUCUUAUGUAAAAAAGUACCCCUAUAAUAUAAAGGGAGAGGUGGGUAAUAAACUUCCUGUAAUGACAGUGUUUGGAAUUUCUUUAYGGAAUGAAAGUGAACAUGAACGAGACCACGUCCAGCGUUUUUACUGUGAAUGUAAAUGGAACAGCAGCCCAAAGCCAUUGUCUCUGUGCCCCCAAGGUGCUGUAACCAGGGACCAACUCCAUGUGUGUGUGUGUUAAGUGUUCGACUUCAAAUAAGGCUCUCAAGCCAAUCCUGCGUGUUCCAAAUGAGUUAUUUCCAGUGGRGAAAAAGCUAUUGCCCCAAACUCAUUGUUUCUUUUUUCCUGGCUGAGUCACAGGACAGAAUGAAGGUCUCUGGUGUAUUUAGGACAAUUUGAGAACAAAUUAGCAGUCAAGGAGCCUUCCCCACUUCAGCUGCAUUCUACAACAGAACAUUUUCUAACGUUCGGGCAGCACUGAUUCUUCUUUGCUUCUGAUGGUUUGCACCACCAGGAUAUAUGAGUGUUAAAAAUCAUGGCCGGGAAAAUCGGUUGGUGAAAAAUGAAGAGAUGAGAGGAAGACUAGCCUCAAGGUUGCUGCAGCCCUGUGCAGCCUGGUGCCACCUGGAGGAAAGCCCAGCCCUCUCCUCAAGGCACUCCCUCACCAGGAGUCUUAGGAGGCUGUGUUGAUUUAUUGCUGGGCUGGCAGUUUUUCAUGCCCCCAUCUUCCAUCACUCUUUCCCCCUUUCUACCUGGCCCUGGCCUGCUUGAUUGAUUUCCAGGACCAAGUUGGGGAUUCCUCCUGCCCUUGUAAAAUGAUGUUCCAUUCCAAGUGAGGUGGAGGUAGGGAGCUGUUGUAUGUCUAAUUGAGCCACAGCCAGAAAGGGGCAGUUUGUACAUAUGGGGGGCUCCAUAUGCCAAGAGUAGAGCAGGUUUUAUUUAUGCUGUAAAUGUUAUGAAAAUCCUCCAAGUGUUAUGCUAUGACCAGGGGUGGAUUCUGACUUUUUCACUGAGCUGGAAGCUUGAACUAUUUAGGACGAUUGGUUUAAGAAAAAGAAUGUGAAUGAAAAAUUAGGCACAGGGCCUUGGAAGGGACCCUGAAGAUUAAGCCUUAUCAGCUUUGCAGUUAAUCCACCUCUGGUUGUGAGUGGAAAGGGAUACUUCAUUCUGGGUAUCUGAAAAGGUCAACUGCAGACCUAAGGCAGAUGUGGAUGGUGAGCGACUCCUCCUUGGGGUAAUUGUAUAUCUGAAAGUGUAUUCAGUUGGGUCAAAGCAUGACCUUUAAAAUAUCUUCUUGUAGCUAAUAUAUAUCUGACGAUGAGGUUCAGUGACCCAACAGGUUCAUUGGUUAUGUAAGAAAUGAGGACUCCUGGCUCAUGGCCAACCUGAGGCUUCUGGAAAGGGAAGAUUCUGCCACCCGUCCACCACACCUGCUGGCCACACCCCAGGCAUACUGGAAGGCCAUACUUGUGGCCAGUUGCUUGCCCGUAGGCCCAAGACUUCCCAACAUCUCUGGGGAGACCUGAUAGACUUGCAUUUUCUGGGGUCUGAGCUGCCCCCACAGUCAUCAGCUUUAGCAAGUCUUACUGUGCUCUCCUGCUCCUGUUUGUGUUUGGGAUUUUGUCAUCUUUAGCUGAGACCAAAUGAAUCCUUGGUAUACAAGGUGAGCAUAAUGCAUGAUUAUUUAAUCUACCCCUCAUGUAAUAUGGCCCCCAUGUGCAGAUCUGAUUUUCCCCUCUUUUUUUUUUUUUGUUAUUAUUCGUUGGUAUUACUAGGGAUGUCAUAUAGGAUCAUGUUGGCAUUUACUGUUAUGUCUUUCCUGAACUAUGUUGGUUUGGGGUAGAAUCACCAUAAAAUUAUUGUCCAAACUAGGACUUUUGAAAGAGAAAAGGGAUGCUGUCAAUAAUUAAGCCAGGUCAACAUCCAUAAACCAGAACCAUCCCAGGCAAACCAGAAUGUGUGGUAUCCCUCAUCAGCAUAGGAGGCUUGUAAUUGUUCAGAUUGAUUGCAUUUAUGUUUUUAUUUGUCCAUGUGUGGGUUCCCUGUUUGGCGGUUUUUUGUUUUUUUGUUUUGUUUUGUUUUUUUACUGGAUAAGAGGCCUGAGGGAAGUGUGGCUUGCUAGUCUGUUAUGUUAACAUGCAUUUCUAAAACUGCUUCACUUGUUAAUUCAUUUACUCCAUUCAUUGACUGUUUUUGUUCUUUUCAGUUCACUUUGUAUUU